GAUAAUGAAAAUAAAAAAAUACGAUUUGUCUGCGAUAUCACUUUGCGGUUGUGGUUUCCAUCCCUGGUGUGAGCGUAUGUGGCUUGGAGAUAGGGGCGCCUUCUCAACCCCGUGGGUUUACUCCGGGUACUCCAAUUUCCUUCUACAGAAAAGGCGCGUGCGCUAAGAUAAUGAAAAUGAAAAAAAUAAGAUUUGUCUGCGAUAUCACCUUCGGUGGAAGCGGACGUUAAAAACUAAGAACAACAACAACAACAGUCUCUCAGCGGUAAUGGUGGAACGCAGAGUUAAUCUAAUUUCUACGAGGCUUUGUGCAAGUAAACAUAGCUUUCAAGUGCACAAUUUUCAAUACAUAGCAUGAUAUCUUAAACUGAUAUAAGUAAUUCUACCAAAUAUAGCUAAGCAUAGGUAAUCAAAAUAAUUACUGAAAAGAUUUUUUUUACGGUAAUUCGAUUUACAUUUUAAGAGCGACGUUUCUAAUUGCGUACAAGACGGCAUUACCCCACGCAGGUGAAACCUGGCCAGGUAUCGCGUCACAUUAGCUAAAUCGAUUUUUUUGGCCAGCUCAAUUUUCGUCAAGCUCGUUCAGAUGUAAAUAAGUUUGUUGGCGAGAUUGUGGGUUAGGUUAAGGGUUAGGGUUGAGAUUAGCUCUAGCCCUGUUUACAUCUCGUGACCUUUGACCAAACUUGAAGUUGGCCUUAUCAAAAAGACCUAACCCUCGCUUCCCUUAAAGGAUUUGUUGUCCAGAUUUCAUGUAAUCGGGCGAGCAUUGAAUACUUUAAUUGUUGAAAUCGUGCGCCAUAUUGUAGCGGACAUUGAUUUACACGGCAUUUUGUCAACAUCUGUCAUCUAAAUAUUCGUGGAUAAAUUAAUUUUCACUUUUCUCGCGGUGAUACAUGUUAAGAAAUACGAAGGAUUUUAUCGCCACCCCAACUGUAAGAGAAGGACAAGAUGUUCAAGAAAACCCGAUUAAUUGUCGCCGUUGUAUCACUAGCUACUGUUCUAUACGCUAUAAAUAGUUGGCAACUAUUCGUCAAUAAUGAUAUAGAAAAAAGAGUGACAUUUAAUAAGCAUCCUUCCGCAGUGCACAAGAAUCAAAUCUUUUCCACACGUAAAUCGCUCCAGUAUGAAGAAAUGCAAAAUGCACUGGGCGAACCACAGCAACAGGUUACAUCGACUGAAUUAGAAUUCAACUCUUUCAAAAUUAAAAAUAUCAAUUGUGCCAAUGUUUUAAAGGGUGACGAAUCUGCAAUAACUGAGGCUAGAAAACAGCCUCGCAAUAUUCCCAGUUAUCAAACAUUGAUAAAGCACACAGAAAAUUGUGAUAUUUUUAAGCAAGUCUAUGGUUAUAACAAUAUUGUAAAUACAGAAGAAGAAAAACAAUUCCCCAUCGCUUUUAAUAUACUUUUAUAUAAGGACGUAGCUCAAGUUGAAAUACUUCUUCGUGCUAUUUAUAGACCACAAAAUUACUAUUGUUUACAUGUAGAUGGCUUUUCACCAGAUCAUGUUCACAAGGCAGCUAAAGCAUUAUCUGAUUGUUUUGAUAAUGUCUUCAUAGUUUCAAAAACAGAGAACGUAGUUUAUCAAAGUUUUCAGAGACUGCAAGCCGAUUUAAACUGUAUGGCAGAUCAUUUAGCUAAACCAGACUGGAAAUAUUUAAUAAAUCUUCCUAGUCAGGAAUUACCGUUAAAGACUAAUUUACAGAUUGUUAGAAUAUUGAAACUGCUCAACAACACAAAUCAAGUUGGUUGUCGACGAGGAAUUGGGAUUAUAAUGAAAAGGUUCCUUCAUAGAUAUGAGUAUAUAUAUGAAAAAAAUGGAACUUACAAAAUUGUCAAUACACACAUAAAAUAUAAGCUUCCGCCUCACCAUUUUCUGACGGCUAAAGGUACUGCAUAUGUUCUUUUAACCCACCAGUUCGUGGAAUAUGUCCUCACAAGUCAAAUCGCUAAAGAUGUGUUAGAUUGGUGUAGAGGAAUUCUCUCGCCUGAUGAGUAUUACUGGUCCAUGUUAAAUUUUAAUCAUCAUGUACAAGUUCCUGGAAGUGGGCAAGAAGCAUGCUUUAAUGUUACCGAGCUGUCAACGUAUGUAUCUUGGGCCAUUACCAAAACUCCCGAUGAAUGUCAUGGAAAAUGGUUGAGACAUAUUUGUGUUUUUAGUGCCAGAGAUUUGAAGAUGCUUGUAAAUCGAGCAGAAUUAUUUGCUAAUAAAUUUGAACUGGAGUACAGUUACACGGCAAUACAAUGUUUAUCCGAGUGGUUGCACAACCAAACACUUUCCCCACAAGCUAUUGAUACACAGUUUUAUAAACGACUGUAUCUGAAGAAGAUUACAUACCAGCUUGAUCCGUGGACCAAUUUAAAACAAAUUAAAUUUAAUGAAACAGUUUUGUGAAAAUCCUGACUUAACAUCUGCUAAACUGAACUACAAUAGACCAUUAACAAUGUGUUUUGCAUUAACGUUCUGACCGAUAGCAGUGGGGAUCGCGUCAUGGGUCACACAAACGGCUUUUGACAACAUAACGUCAGCCAUUCGAUUAACCAAUCAAUGUCGGUGUUUAAAGUUACAAUUACAUAUUUUCUAAGAAAGUCAAAACAUAAUUAUUUCUAUGUCUUUUGCUCAAUAGGUUGUCAACUCACUUUUAUACGAUCAUAGGUGUCAUUCUCACACUUAAAAAUCAUAACACCGGAAAUAAUACCACAAUUACCUCCCUUGUUUUCUAUUCCCCAACAGGGAGUAGCUAUCUUCAAACGUUUGAAUUUGAAGUUAAAAAUGAUAUUUUUGCCAAUGUCUCAACUGGCAAUAGUGAAUUAUAAGGAUUAAUAGUAUUAUUCUUUAAAAAGCUAGGACUGUUUAUAGAUACCAUCUAUUUUAGGGCGUUAUUUAAUACACAUAUACAACAUCUAAAUCAUAUGAAACACAAAGCUUUUCAGAAGACCCGUUAUUGGCCCUAUCUCGACACAAACUAGGUCAUUUCGGGACUAACAUAUAGUUUAAUUUUAUUUCAAUAUUUCGCUUGCGCGUAGGGGUCUUAAGCAGGGGGAGGACCUGGAGACAACCCACGAGGUUGGACUCUCCCGAUAUAAGCCUUGAGCCCUGAUCGAGCUGCAUUUCCCUGCGGUCUGGAACUGCCGGGUUAGUAUCAAUAUCUCAUUCAAAUGGACCCGUGGACACAUUGGCGUGCUCCCAGAGCAAACUUUCUCCUGGAACAAUGUAUGUCAUAUGCUGGCAGGCCAGUAGCUAGCGGGGGCAACCUUUUCCCGCCCCCCUAAAAAAAAUCGGCGUCUCCAGUAGGCGCCCUUUCCAUUGAUCGCAAUACGAAGCCAACUACCAACGUGCCCAUAUUAGUAUGGGCGCACCAUAAAGCCGAAUGACACUGGUUGGGCGCCCACGGCGAGAUUGGCAUACCGCAUACCGACGCCCGAAGAAAUCGACCAUAAGAGAUUGUAGGAAGUUUUCCAGGCCAAAUUCACGAUGGAGAUGGGAUUGAUUCAAUCCCGCACCAGGGGUGAUAAUCUUCAUUAUUCAUACAAGUCGCACCCUAAUCCGAAUCAGGCGUAAACCCUAUUUUCCAAAAUGUUCUGGGGGAAGAGACCCUAGACCGUUUUCCGAAUGGAUGCGCGGCGACGCUGCCGUGCGUCGUCAAGUGUAUGUACAUCGGCGCCCCCAGAAGCCCCAUCGGCGUCCCAAGAAGUCCUUGCCCCCCCCACCAUUUUUGGGCUAGCUGCGGGGCUGUGCCGGUCUUCAUUGGCCCAGUUGCUGUAGAAAAGUCACAAUACUUUAAAUACAGCUGAAUAGUUAAUUUCAAAUUGAGCAAAAAUUGUCUGCUUUAAAGAUUAUUAGUGUCAAAUCCCUUAAUACUUUAACCUAUGGUAUAGUCAUUCCCUUGUGCUGUUGGAUUAUAAUUCACUAUUACUAGUGAAUGUACUACUGAAUUCAAUAAUUUCAAAUAUUGCUGCAAUGCACCAGUAUAUCUGUUUCAAUACAUAAAAGUGAUUUUAACGACACGGGAACCCCGCCCCACCCCCAGAAAAAAAAAGAAAAAAAAAAAAAAAAAAAAAAAAGAAUUAACUUUUUAUUAUUUAUAUAUAUGUUCACCACGCAAUGUCAUUACAUCUUGUGAAACAAUAAAUAGUGAAUUAACAAAGUUAAUGAUCAAUAAAUUAUAAGCAAACCAGAAUAACAGAAGCUCUAUGAAACGAUUAGUAAACAGACCAUUACCAUACUGAUUACAUUUUACUUUUAUCGGUGGCUUAUGACACGCAGUUAAAUAUCAUACCACUAUUAUGAUUGUUUCCCUUUUAUGUACCGUUAAUUCAAUGAUCAAUAAAUCUGGGCGAUGAACCGGGUAAAACGUCAAUUAGUGUAACUGAUAUAAAGCAGAUAUGAAGUCUAUUCUCCGUUAUCACGCUUACAGGACGGGGAGUCGUAACAACCAUACAGUUUCAUUCUACGACGUAGCGGGCAGAUAGGAUUGGUUCUCCGAGGAACAAGCCAGAUUUAUUCUAUAACCAACGACGUACAAAUAAGACCGGUAGAUUAGUCCGACGACGGAAGUAUUAGAUUCCACGACAGAGAAAUUAGUUAUAACAAGCCGCAGAAUACAGUCUAUGAUAUAAAAGACGGGUUGCGGAUCGUGUCUGUGACGUAACAAGCGAUUAGGUUUACCACAUAACAGACAAGAUUGCUUCUACGACAUAGCACAUCGAUUGUUUCUCACGAAUAGCAAGUUGGUUGUUUCCAUGACGUAACAGACGGGUUGUUUGUAAGACGUAACUCACAAAACGGUUUCAGGGCAUCACCAAACAGUGAUUCAGCGGCGUAACAUAGUCACUGUGUAUGAAACGUAAUACCCUCUCCGGUUAUAAGGAGCAACGUACAGAUCGGUUCUGCACAAUCUAUAAGGCUUACAAUGUAAAUAGAAAUUAUUAUUGAAUUUAUUCUAAAUGUAUGGAAUAUAAUGAUUAUUUCUUCUUUUGUUUAUACUGCAAUCCAACCAAAUUUUGUUGAUCAGAACUUUAUCGAUCAACUACAUUUAUCUACAUUAUCCUAUUUAUGUUUACCGAUUGAUCUCUUGUACUUAUCGAUCAUGUUUACCGAUUGAUCUCUUGUACUUAUCGAUCAUGGGGGGG